AUGCUCGCAGAACCAAGAAAACGCCAUAAUGGCCAACCGCAAGCCUGCGAACCAUGUCGCAAGGCCAAGAUUCGCUGUGACCAUGCAAGUCCAAAGUGUUCGCGCUGUCUCCUGCGGAGCCUGGACUGCAUCUAUCACCCUGCUCCUAUGACCAAGCGCCGCCCUCCGGCCUCCCACACACCCACACACUUCGACACAACGCUGCCCGUGGACCUACUGACUACUCAAAAUGUCUCUAGUACCUUCCAGGUUCCUACUGCGUCUUCGGUCGGGACAGGAAUCUCCCUUCCCCCUGCGGAUCCAAGCCCCGCGGCGAGCUCGGGACUAACAGCCCGCUCGAGCGCAUCAAAACGGAACAUGCUAUUUCACGAGGAGCUGGGCCAACACGAGACGACUCGCUUCUCUGCUGUCUUUGUUGAAAACCAAAAUAGCUUUGACGCAGUGAUGCUCGAUGCCACAAACUCCAACCACCACGAGCUAGGCCGGGAGCCUGAUGUGACGGCCAGGUCUCGCGUGGAGUUGGCUGUCAGAACACUGCUCAACUUUCCCACUGCUCGUACAUUUGACAUGUUGAUGACAGAAAUCCACCAUAUAUAUGAUAUAUGGCUGUCCCCCACCAUGAUCCAGCAAUGCUUGAAACAAGUAUGGACCGAAUAUCCCAGUCAGCUAGGUCAGCUCCGGACACGCGAAUCAGUAUUGAGAGUGGCGAAUGAUCUGUUUCUCAACCACAAACGGCCUCGCUCAAUACCUGACUGCGAUGAUACAAGCAAUCCAGACCAUGCCUCCUGGAUGAACUGGUUUGGUGGACCUAAUCUGCGGUGGGAAAUGAUCGGGAUUCUUUUCAGCUGGGCUGGAAUUGCAUUCAGAUGCAAACAAGAGUGGGACCCAGUAUUUAAUCUCCCUGAGCAGCACGGAAGGAAUCGCAACACUGCCGCAGACAGGAUGAGAGAGUGUGCUGCUGCCUGUAUAAGGCUCUGCGAAGGGCACUUUGAAAUCAGUGAUAUCAUGGUUAUUUGCAUGAAGAAUAGCACCAGACUACAAAGCAUCCUAAUCAGUGACGAGAGUGACCGUUUACGGGUCGACUACGGGACUGUCCGCAGUGCUUUUAUAAGCGCAGGAUUGCACCGCGUCACUCCUGCGAAGGAAGUCACGCCAUUCUCCCAACACCGAGCAUCACUGGCUUCGUCGAUGUAUUAUUACGACAAGUCUCACAGCUUGUUCAAUGCGCGACCACCGAUGCUCAGUAACCGUUACUGCCAGUCCCCUCUCCCACUCGAUUUAUGCGAGAACGAUGUAUAUGGGGGCCGAGAAAGACUGACUGCGGCCAUUGCAAAGCUUGACUCGAAUGGCUGGAACACAAAUGGUCAUAUAUUUACCACAACUUGGCUUCGCGCACUGGCCAUGCUUAGUCCUAUCCGGGAGGGAAUAUUGGAACUGACGCUGAGUGUCAAUUCGACGUUUACUAAAUCCCAAGUAGAACACCUGAAAGUCCAGUUAGAGAAGAUAGUUGCUUCAUAUCCUCCGCACAUUCAGUACCGGGGGAACUCUGAAUGGCAUCUUCAGUCAGCCUCACAAUCCCACGAACGCAGCGCUCAUGAAGUCUAUAUCACUACACGCAUACACCUUGAUGUAUUGCAAUGUCAGUUCCUCCUCCAGCGCCUACUCGUAUCGCGGCAGUUCAGUGGUGGCCAAGACUUGUUCGAUAUCGCCCAAGAGACCAUGUCUGUUAUCCUGUCUCUAUGGCUUAAUCGCGAUCAGCUACAGGAACUCCACCAUGCCUUUGACUGGAUUGCCGUGUCAUACGGCAUGCCUUGUGCGGGAAUUCUAUGCGUGCAGCUUCUGCGAGCAAGUAAUCUCGUGCCACCUGCGCCACAAAGCGACCUUCCAUCGACAUCCGCUCACGAUUAUGUUAGAUUCUCGCGGUCGGAAGUGGUUCAAAAUCUGAUUAUGUUCAAAGCCUUACUUGACUGGAUACGGCCUACAGAUAACAAUGUGCAGCUUAGCAAGAAGUUCAAGGCCGUUCUACAGAGAAUCAUUGACGCCAUGUUUGAUUCUUUGGAGUCGCGUGACAUGCAAACACAAGAGAUGCUGGGCGAACAGCAGUCCCAGAGACACUAUGGUCCUCAAGAUCAGCUGUCUCCAGGGCAAAAUCUACCUGCGAUGGGCAGACAGCAUGAUAUUGACCCCGAAAUAAACACAUUCAACGAUAUGGAUUGGCUGAACACCGUUGAUUGGACUCAGGGUGGUUGGCUUGAACUAAGCAAUCUGAAUGGAUCUACAUUUCCAACCCCUCACCAUUACUUAAAGUCGACAAACCAGAGCCUAGCUCGUCAACUGGCGAAAUCUCCCCGAGGCCAAACAGCAGCAAUCAAUCUCACUUCGCUCACCAUGUCUCCAAGCGGCUCAUUCAAUACACCCCGACAGCCUGUCGAAGAUGCAACUAUGCCGUUUUGGCUUCGAGAUAUUCACGAACUGCACGAUCAUCGGUCCACAGAAGAGCUCCCAGUGUCGAGUGAUAUUGUCAUCAUAGGCGCCGGCUACGCAGGAGUUAGCACGGCCUACCAUUUGGUCAAAGGAGAGGCCAGCGACAAAAAACUCUCUAUCACAAUACUGGAAGCACGAGGUGUCUGUUCAGGCGCGACGGGACGUAAUGGUGGCCACCUAAGGCCUGACAUGUACACCCCCAUGACCAGGGCAAUCGACCGAGGGGGAACUGAACGCGCGUUGGAGGUGAUAGAAUUUGAAAUCGCACAUAUACAGGCCAUAAAGUCCUUGGUCGAAAAAGAGAAAAUCGACUGUGACUUUACCCUCACGAGGUCUAUCGAUGUAUGGUCCAACGAGGAAGCUGCCCGAAAGGCCAAAAAGCUUUAUGACACCCUGGUAUCCCGUGAUCUGGAGUACAUGAAGGAUGUCUUCUUUGUGCUUGGCAAGGAUGCGGAAGGUAUCUCGGGUGUCAAGGGCGCCAAAGCGUGCGCUUCUUUCACGGCAGGAACCUUGUGGCCGUACAAAUUCAUUCUUCAUCUGACCGCCUCGAUUCUCAAGACUGGGCGGGUGAACCUCCAGGCACACACUCCAGCGACGUCUGUGAGACGGCAACCCUCGGGCAGCUUUAUUAUUGCAACAACACGAGGCACAACAGUCGCUCGGAAAGUUGUGUAUGCGAAUAAUGCCUACGUCUCGGGUCUUCUUCCUCAGUACCGCGAAGCUAUCGUUCCCUGCAAAGGGCUGUGUACUCAUAUCUCAGUUCCUGAAGGUACAAGAGCGCCUCUACUGAACAACUCCUAUAUUAUCCGCGAAGAGGACAAUGUAGUUUCAUACCUCAUCCCUCGUGCGGACGGUAGCAUUGUUGUCGGUGGAGCUAACUCGCGAUACCACCCUGUUCUGAGCUCAUGGUACGACAGUGUGGAUGAUUCGACUCUCAUUGAAGAAGUCAAAGACCAUUACGAUGGUUAUAUGCAGCGGUUUUUCAAUGGCUGGGAAGACAGCGGAGCCGAAGUGGAUAAAGUCUGGACUGGGAUCAUGGGGUACAGCUGGGAUUCUCAACCCCAUGUCGGCUCCAUCCCUGGGGAGGAUAACCAGUAUGUCAUUGCGGGUUUCAAUGGUCAUGGAAUGCCUUUGGCGUUCUUGUCUGCGCUCGGGGUUGCCAAGAUGGUGAACGGGAUCGAGUUUGAAGAUGCUGGUAUCCCGAGAUUGUUCCAAUCGACAAAAGAGAGACUUGACAAGGUGAGAGAUGGCCCCUUAGGGGGUGAUAUAAUCGGCGUCAAGAGAUGA